GCGUGCGUGUGAGUUUCUGUGUACAUACAGCGUAUACUCUGGUGCCGCCCUUCUUGGUGCCAGCCAGAGAGUCUCUCUAAGUCUUAGGAAAACCUGUUACUAUCCAGACCGAAUAUGUUCUACUUCUGGCAUUUCCUCUGCUCUUUUUUCCUCCUGUCAACCAUGGCGGCACCUCUUGGGCAGGAUGUGGACCCAGCUGACCCAGAGGUACAGGCCUGUGUUGCCUUCGGCAUCAAGAGCUUCAACUUCCACAGCCAGACUCAUCAGCUCCACAACAUUACCAAGUUCCACUCUGUCCACAGAGAGGAGGUCGGUGCAGGUCAGUACGACAUUGAUGUGGAGGUGAGAGGUUGCCAGUCCUCCUGUUCUCCAGACAAUUCCAACACCCAGAUUUUCCGUUGUCAUUUUGUCAUUGUGACUGCUCCUUGGAAGAAGCAGCGGAUUCUGAUCAAAAGCACCUGUACUCCAGUGUCUUAGGAGGGACAGGAACUACUGUCUAUGUGCAACUACACACAUAUGUGAAAAAACACACUUAGUAUGUGUCAAUUGUAGCUGUCAAUUGAAUCGUCAAACUAUGAAUGCAUUGUGUGAGGUUGUUGCUCAUAUCAGACAUGCACUAUUUGGCCUAGAAAGCUAACAGACACUAACAAACACCUUUUAAUCAGAAUUUAACCUAACACUAAUUAUUUUCAUGCUAGAAUGUAUGGAGUUAUUUGUAAGAAUAAAAUCAAUGUAAUUACUGGA